CGAGUCAGUCGCGUCAGUUCGUCGCUCGCGGUGAGGUCAUACACGUUCGAUGCUUCUUUUAAAAUUUAUUAUUCCGUUGCACGUACGACGAGAGUCUCAUGUUCGUUUCUUACGUUAAAAGAACGAUAGAGAUGAUCAAAGUACACGAAUUGGACGAAGAGUAGUGUCUUCUGAAAUCGUCUUGAGAAAACUUUGAAAAUUUAUCAAGAGAGAGAGAGAGAGAGAGAGAGAGAAAGAAAAAAAAGGAAUCAAGAACAGCAAAAAAAAAAAAGAAAAGGAAAACAGGAAGGACAUAUGAAGAAGAGGGAUAGAAGAAGGAAGGAGAAGACGAACUCUAGAAGAAACAAUUUAUUGUAAGGAAACGAAAGAAACUUUGUGACGUAGAAAUGAAAGAUACGAGUAGUACGAAGUACGAACAGUUCUUCGACGACGCAACGUUGGAGAUACCACCGGACAAGGAGCUCAAGGAGCAACAUAAUGCGGAUUUAAACGGAGAGGAUAAAGAUCAGGAUAGCAAAAUGUGGUUAACGACAGCUGAAGCAGCUAGUCUUGGUGCAGAGGAAGUAGCAGCUAGAUUGCACGUCGAUGUAAGGACAGGACUUUGGUGGCAAGAAGCUGACCAAAGGAGACAAUUAAUUGGUUUUAAUGAACUUACUGUUAAGGAAGAGGAACCUACAUGGAAAAAAUAUAUCGAACAAUUUAAAAAUCCAUUGAUUCUUUUAUUGCUUGCAUCUGCUUUGGUCAGUGUUUGUAUGAAACAAUUUGAUGAUGCUGUCAGUAUUACAGUGGCUAUCAUAAUAGUUGUAACUGUUGCAUUUGUACAAGAAUAUCGUUCUGAAAAAUCUUUGGAAGAAUUGAAUAAACUAGUACCUCCUACUUGCCACUGUUUACGGGAGGGGCAAGUAGAAACAUUUCUUGCUCGUAAGUUAGUUCCUGGAGAUGUGGUUUAUUUAAAUAUCGGUGAUAGAGUACCUGCGGAUAUCAGAAUAUUUGAAGCUAUUGAUUUGGCUAUCGAUGAAAGCAGUUUUACUGGAGAAACUGAACCAGCUCAGAAAUCAACAGCUCCUUUGCUUAAAACAAAUGGAUUAACUUCAAAGAAAAAUAUUGCUUUUAUGGGAACAUUAGUACGUUGUGGAAAUGGCAAAGGGAUAGUAGUAAAUACAGGAGAAAAGAGUGAGUUCGGGGAGGUGUUUGCAAUGAUGCAAGCGGAAGAAGCACCAAAAACUCCAUUGCAAAGGAGUAUGGACAUUUUGGGUACACAAUUAUCAUUCUAUUCAUUCUGCAUCAUUGGCAUUAUUAUGCUUCUUGGCUGGAUCCAAGGAAAGGCACUUCUAGAAAUGUUUACUAUUAGCGUCAGUUUAGCAGUAGCAGCUAUACCCGAAGGUUUACCUAUUGUCGUUACUGUAACACUCGCGUUAGGUGUAAUGAGAAUGGCAAAGAGGAAAGCUAUUGUUAAAAAAUUACCAACUGUUGAAACACUUGGAUGUGUAAAUGUGAUAUGCUCAGAUAAAACUGGUACCAUUACCAAAAAUGAGAUGACUGCUACGAUUCUUGUAACAUCAGAAGGGUAUAUAGCUGAUAUUACUGGAGCUGGUUAUAACGAUAAAGGUGAAGUGCGGAUAAGGAAGUGCGAUAACGCUGAACUUGCACGUACUGCGAUUAGUCAUAUGUUAGAAGUAGGAUGCGCGUGUAAUAAUGCUGUAAUACAAAAUGACACUUUACUUGGUCAGCCAACUGAAGGUGCUUUAUUAGCAUUGUCAAUGAAAUUUGGAAUGUAUGGUUGUGCUGAAAAAUAUUUGCGCCUCCAAGAAUAUCCGUUUUCUUCUGAACAAAAGAUGAUGGCUGUUAAAUGUGCACCAAAAUACGAUGAAAAUAAGCAGGAAAUAUAUUUUGUAAAAGGAGCUAUGGAAAAGAUAUUGCCACAAUGCACAAAAUAUUAUGCAAAUGGUCAGGAAUUUCCUUUGAAUCAAAAGAAAGAUCAAGAAUUUUUAACAGUGGCCUAUGAUAUUGGUCAACAAGGCCUGAGAGUAAUCGGUCUUGCGCGCGGUUCUUCUCUACAAGAUCUUGUUUAUGUUGGACUUGUGGGUAUAUGUGAUCCACCGAGGUCACACGUUCGUGAAUCAAUUGCAACUCUGAUGAACAGUGGGGUAAAAGUUAAGAUGGUUACGGGUGAUGCUAAAGAAACUGCAGUUGCUAUUGCAAGUAUGAUUGGUUUGGACACUCUUCAUUCACGUUUGAUGUCUGGUGAUGAAAUUGAUUCAAUGUCCGAGCAUCAGUUAGAGCAAUUAAUAGAAAAUGUUAGUGUCUUUUAUCGAGUUACACCUAAACAUAAAUUGUGUAUUGUAAAGGCAUUACAACGAGAAGGCAAUAUUGUGGGUAUGACGGGAGAUGGUGUAAACGAUGGAGUAGCUUUAAAAAAGGCUGAUAUAGGUAUAGCUAUGGGUAAGAAUGGCACUGACGUUUGCAAAGAAGCAGCUGAUAUGAUAUUGGUUGAUGAUGAUUUUGGAACGAUUAUUGCUGCAAUUGAAGAAGGUAAAGGUAUCUUCCACAACAUUCGUAACUUUGUACGAUUUCAACUGAGCACCAGCAUAGCAGCACUAUCUUUAAUUGCUCUUGCUACAUUAAUGGGUGUACCAAAUCCAUUAAAUGCAAUGCAGAUACUUUGGAUUAAUAUUAUUAUGGAUGGUCCACCUGCACAAAGUUUGGGAGUAGAACCUGUUGAUAAAGAUGUUUUAAAACAGAAACCACGAAAUAUUAAAGAACCUAUGAUUACGAAACAUCUUAUAAUAAACGUAUUAUUGUCUGCUUUUAUUAUCAUUGCGGGUACAGCAUGGGUAUAUAAGAGAGAGAUGACAUCAGAUGGUCACACCGCAAGAGAUACAACAAUGACAUUCACUUGCUUUGUUUUCUUUGAUAUGUUCAACGCGUUAAGUUGCAGGUCACAGAAAAAAUCUAUUUUUACCAUUGGAUUAUGGAGUAACAAAAUGUUCUUGGUAGCAGUAACAUUAUCGGUAAUAGGACAAAUGUUAGUUAUUUAUUUUCCUCCAUUGCAAAGAGUUUUUCAAACAGAGGCAUUAACUGCAAAUGAUAUCUUAUUCUUAGUUGCAUUGACAUCGAGUGUGUUUGUGAUUAGUGAAAUUAAAAAGUUUCUGGAAAGGUUACUUCAAAAGCGACGUACUGGUGGACAAUACUACAUUAAAUCAGAGAUGGACUUUGUAUGACAGUUGCAGUCUGCCGAGGAUAAGGCGGACAAAGAUCACGUGGAGUGAAUAUAUUAAAAUGAUUCGACUAGAGCGAUUGGUCGCCCAUCUACUAACUUUUUCCCACUACAUUCUCAAUUGUCCUUGCAUAUUUGCAAUUUACACGCACACUUCUUAACAAAGAUAUUGUGCUGUUUUCAUAAUCUAUGACUGCAUUUUUUUACCGUUUAUAAAAUUUCCGAUUCAAUUUCAUAAAUUUCUAUCCGCACAUAGAUGAUGAGAGUCUCUGUUGUAAAUACAGCGACUAUAAAAAAAAUUAGAUCAUUUCACUUCUUGUCUUGAAUAACUAUGAUUGUACAUGUGGUAGAUAUUAAUAAUCUCUGCACAUUCCAUGCACUUCAAAUAUUAUACCAUUACUCUUUUAAUAUCGUGUAUGGUUAUUAAUUGUACGUAUCUUUUUCCACGAGAUAGUACUCCCGUGUGUAUCAUCUUCUUUAAACAACGAUUCCCGAUAUUUCAUCAGAUUUGAGAAAAGAUAAAUUCUCUCGUAAGGCACAUCAAUCUUAUAAAUAUCCCGAUUUAUUAAAGAAUCAUACAAGAAUGUCUACUAUCAACAAAAAAUUAUAGGCAAAUAAUUGUUCUAUGAAAGAAAGUCAAACACAUUUACAAAUUUAUACAUUUAUUAUAUUUAAGAAUAUAGAUAAUUAUAGGUGGAAAAUAAAUGAUCUGGUAAUGUUCCUUGAUUCCAUAGUGAACAAUGCAGCAUUCUUGCAACAACGAGAAAAAAGUUUUUAUGGUAUUACAAUAGAUUUAAUCAAAAAUGAAAAAUAUUCGAUUUCUAUAUGUUUCCUUUGAUGCUAAGCUAUGAACAUUACAGAAAUAAGUAAUUUUUCUUUCUCAUUGUUGCAAGCUUAAUCGUGUACAAAUAUACCUCUAUUUACAUAAUAGUCAAUCAAUUCGUAUAAAUAUUCGUUGUUGUUAUGAUAUGCUUAAUAAUAAUGCUUUAAUUAGAAAAGAAUUUCUGAGAAAGAAACAAUAUAACGCAAAUAUUGAAUUUUAACUCAUACACGUUAUAUGCAUUGACAUAGAGCACUGUUAAAAAAUAAUUAUCCUGUUAGAAUUAAUGUAUACCUUCGAGAAUAGUGUACGUUCGAUAUUCAUACAAAUCGGAACCUCCGUAGCCAUAUAAAAGUUUACCUUUUCCGUUCUCGUCAUAAUACGGAUAACGAUAUUUUGGCCUAAGGAAAAAAAAAAAAGCAAAAGAUAAUUGAAACGCAUUUAGGGAAAAGGAGAUAUCACAUUCUCAUAAAGAGACAUUAUUUGUAUUUAGAAACGUAAUUAUUUGUGAAAGUGUAUAGAUAAGUUAUUAAUUCGUAAUCGAUGUUGUUAUAAUGCUUUUAAUUGUUUUUCAGAUAAAUGCGUUUAUUAAUUAAUUAAUCGAUAUAAAAUAUUUAUUGUAUAUACAUAUACGUGUAUUAACAUUUUAAAGGGCAACUAUAUAAUAACUUGUCUACACAACUUUCAUAUUAAAAAUCAAUUUUAAACGAUAUGACAUUAUAAUUUCUUUAUAAUGACUUUAUAUAAAGACUUAUCGAGUAAUGAUCUUUAAAUGUUCUCGAUAUAUCUUACCGUUCAAAAUAUUGGAAAUUCGGUGCCUUUGGUUGUGCUAUCGUAGCUUUGCUUUCGACAAUUAAUCCGAGAAGUACAGUAACGAUCAUUAAUAAUAUGAUCUUAGUCAUCAUCUGUACACAUAAGUCGAUGAUACGAUACGAUUUUACGUUAUAGAAACUGUUUUUUAUAUUAUUUCAGAUAAUUGUACUUACCGUAUGUCUUGCCAUUAUUAUAUUCAGUUGGAGCUUCUCUCGUUUAACUUAAUAUGUAACAAUUUUAACGUGAGGUAGUUACACACUGUAAAUAAUGGUAAGAAACAAAUCAAAAUAGCACAUGACGGACGUGUAUUCGGUGUCUGGUUCA